CUCUGGCGCGUCGCCCACUUUAAGACCAAGCCCGCUCCAGCCCUGCUCCUCGAUCGCUUGCCAGUCACUCCCGCUCGCUCACUCGUGAGCAGCAAGCAAAUGCCGCAGCUCGAUCCGGACCACGUCCUCUGCGUCGGUGCCCGCAGCCACGGCGGGUCCGGCGGUGCGAGCGCUAGCGCAUUUGCCGACGACGACGGGGACGCCCCGGCGGAGUCGGUCUUGAUCCCGGUAUGGGGCGGGGCCGGCCUGGCCGAGCUGCUCUGCGCGGUGCUGCGGCGGGACGGGUCCACCAAGGGCAGCUCCAACCCCAAGGCGGCCGCGGAGGCGGCGACGCGCAAGCAGGGCGUGCCGAGGGCGGAACCGAGGAGGUUACCGGGCACCACAGCCGGCAAGGCCGCCGCCGCCGUCGUCAUCGGCGUCCUGCCCGCCGCGGGCAAGGUGGUCGCCAAUGCCAAGGAGCGCCGCGCUCCCGGCCGCGUCGUCGCUGCCCGCGCCUGGCGCCGGCCGGCGGCCGGGGCCAGGGUCUUCGCCAGCGAGGCCGUGGGGCCGGAGCCCGUGUCCCCGAAGGUGUCCUGCUUCGGGGCCGUACUGCCGGAGUCGCGCGGCGCCGCGGCGCCGCCCGGUAAUAAGCAAGAGCAAGAAGUGGAGCGGGGCGGGUGCUGGGCGAGCGUGGCGGCCGCGCUGCGCGGCCUAUGCCGCAACGGCGAUCCUGGUGAAGGCGAACCAGGUGCGAGCGAGUCGAGUCCGCAGGCUGCCACGGCGCCGGAGCCACCGCCUGCCGCUGUCCUGUCGCCGCCGCGGGCGGUGGCCGGGCUGGGAGACGUGAAGCGCCUCGCUUCGCGGCGGUGGCCGGAGACCAUGGCCGCCGAAGGACGGGGCCCGGUUUGAAUGUGCUCCGCGCUUCGAGAAGCUCGGCACGGGCACUCGGGCAGCAGUCUUGUACUGCGUCCACGGACCACGGUCGCGAUGUACAGACUACUCCUCGGACCUGCUUCUGUCGUGUGUGGAUGUGUGACUGACCUUUGUGCUUGUUCGCAAGCUGCGUCUCGUGCCUUGUGUAGUUGUGUUUGUGUAUUGACAUUGGACUUUGGUCAAUCAGUCUCAUUGCUUUGUCACUGGACUAGGGCCUCGUUUA